CAUACUAUUAUUGUUUAUAAAAUGAAAAACGGAGGACGCAAAGCAGAACGUGAGCUCCGGCUCGGGCAAUUUCCACCCAAGAGAAUACCUAAAGAUGUCUUAAAUCGAACGCUUGAAAUUGCAUCUUCUUUAAUUGAUGAGUUUUGGCUUAACAAAAACUGUUCAUGCUCUCCACCAGCAAAUUAUGAAUUCUACAAUGUUUUGAAUCGUUCGGUAACCUAUCAGAAGCUAAGUUUGACACGAAGUUUUACAAUGGCUCGAGACUGUAAAAACGUGGAAAAAAUCCUAACUUCUAACGUUUUUGGCGAAAGUUUGCUAAAAAAAGGCUCAUUGCCAAUAUUUUCCGAAUACGCAUCUUUAAGUCUUCAAUUGGAUAAGCCGAGACUGGACAAAACAGAGAACACCUAGGAAUAUAAAUAAAAGCUGGAAAUUAUUUCGAUAAUUAAAUUUUCAUUCAAAACUGUUUAUUUUAGUGAAUUAAGAUCAUUUUAAAUAAAG